AUGAAGACCACCACCGCCCUCACCCUCCUGAGCUUGGCCUCCUCCGUCCUUGGCCAUGGAUACCUGACCAUCCCCAAGAGUCGCACUCGUCUGGGCGCCGAGGCUGGACUUGAUUCUUGCCCGGAGUGCAACAUUCGUGAGCCUGUCGAGGCCUGGCCCAACGUCACCCAGGCCACUGUUGGACGCAGCGGCCCUUGCGGCUACAAUGCCCGAGUCUCGAUCGACUACAACCAGCCCAAGACCAACUGGGGCAACAGUCCCGUGGUGACUUACACCGCUGGCCAGACUGUCGAUGUUGAGUGGUGUGUCGAUGCGAACGGCGAUCACGGUGGCAUGUUCAGCUACCGUAUCUGCCAGGACCAAGCCCUGGUCAACAAGUUCAUCACUCCUGGAUACCUCCCCACCGAAGCUGAGAAGGAGGCUGCCGAGCAGUGCUUCCAGCGCGGCACCCUUCCUUGCACUGAUGUCACCGGCCAGAGCUGCGGCUUCAACCCUGACUGCCAGCCGGGCCAGCCUUGCUGGCGCAACGACUGGUUCACUUGCAACGCCUUCCAGGCCAGCAACCGCCGCGCCUGCCAGGGUGUUGAUGGCGCUGCCCUCGGCUCUUGCUACACUUCGAUCGCCGGUGGAUACAAGGUGUCCAAGAAGAUCAAGAUUCCCAACUACAACUCUGCUCACACCCUGCUCUCCUUCCGCUGGAACUCGUUCCAGACUGGACAGGUCUACCUCACCUGCGCUGAUAUCGCGAUCAACGGUGGCAGCAACAACAACCCUACCACUGCUGUCGCCCCUACAACUCUCCGCACCACCACCACUGCUGCUGCUGCCACCACCACUGGUGCCUGCACCCCUGCUGCCAACGUUGCCGUGACCUUCAACACCCUGGCAACCACUGUCGUGGGCCAGACCAUCAAGCUUGCUGGCUCCAUCUCUCAGCUGGGUAGCUGGACCCCCGCCUCCGCUCCCGCCUUGUCCGCCUCCGGCUACACUACCUCCCGUCCCCUCUGGACCUACACCGUGACGCUGCCCGCCGGCACCACCUUCCAGUACAAGUUCAUCAACGUCCAGUCUGACGGAUCCGUCCGCUGGGAGAGCGACCCCAACCGCUCGUACACCGUUCCCACCGGUUGCGCCUCGGCCGUCACCGUCGACGGCACCUGGCGUUAA